ACUUUGCUCCCAGCAGUGGGAAAGUGGGAGCAGGCACAGCCGGCACGGCAGGGCAAGGCGAAGGGCAGCCCGCAACCCCUCCAGCAUGGCCCCCAGCCCCAUGGGGGACAGGCGCACCCCGGGGGUGUCCUGCUCCUGAGAGCCACCCCAGCCAGGACUGCAGAUCUGGCUCGGAGAACAUGGCCACUUCGGUGAGGACGUUCCCAGUUGCCCUGUGGACACCGACGCCGGCUCCCUGGCCAGGAGGAAACACCACCGCAGUGGCGGAGGCAAAGUGCGUCUUCAAUGAGGAGUUCAAGUUCAUCCUGCUGCCCGUCUCCUACGGCAUCGUCUUCGUGGUGGGGCUGCCCCUCAACUCCUGGGCCCUAUGGAUGUUCAUCUCCAGGAUGAGGCCCUGGAACGCCACCACCACCUACAUGUUCAACCUGGCCGUCUCCGACACGCUCUACGUCCUCUCCCUCCCUACCCUGGUCUACUAUUACGCCGACCGCAACAACUGGCCCUUUGGGAAAUGGCUCUGCAAGAUGGUGCGCUUCCUCUUCUACGCUAACCUCUACAGCAGCAUCCUCUUCCUGACGUGCAUCAGCGUCCACCGCUACAUGGGCAUCUGCCACCCCAUCCGCUCCCUGAACUGGGUGAAGACCAAGCACGCCCGCAUCAUUUGUGUGGGUGCGUGGCUUGUCGUCACCAUCUGCCUCAUCCCCAACCUCAUCUUUGUCACCACCAGCUCCAAGGGCAACAGCACCCUGUGCCACGACACCACCAAGCCUGAGGAAUUCGACCAUUAUGUGCACUACAGCUCCUCUGUCAUGGCCCUCCUCUUCGGGGUCCCCUUCCUGGUGAUCGUCCUGUGCUACUGCCUGAUGGCCAAGAGACUCGGCAAGUCCAGCUUCUCCAGCCCCGGCCCCCGAAUGCCCUCCUACAAGAAGCGCUCCAUCCGGAUGAUCAUCGUUGUGCUCACCGUCUUUGCCAUCUGCUUCGUGCCCUUCCACAUCACCCGGACCAUCUACUACACCUCCCGCUACUUCCAAGCCGACUGCCGGACCCUCAACAUCAUCAACUUCACUUACAAGAUCACUCGGCCCCUGGCCAGCAUCAACAGCUGCCUUGACCCCAUCUUGUACUUCAUGGUUGGGGACAAGUACCGGGGGCGGCUACGCCGGGGGCCAGCUCAGCGCCUCCAGCCUGUGCCCACCUGUGACCUGGCCCUGGUAUCCCCCUCCAUGGAAAACAUCACGGGUGGCAGCCACACUCCCGAUGACAUGCGAGGGACAGGGACGGCACGGAGCAGAGGCGGGUGCUGAGGGGCCAAAGAGGGUUCCGGUAACCUCAUCCCUGGUCUCCACAAUUUGCAGCCCCUCCGGGCUCCAUGUGGACACCCUGGUACCCCCAGGUCCCCAAACCUGACCUGCCCCUGCCCAGCCUGUGCAGGGGCAGAGACCUCAGGGCUGAGGGAUGGUGGCCGUGGGACUUGUCCCAGUCCUGCCCCGGGAUGCCAUGGGAGGAGGGUGCCGGUGCCGCUUGGGGCAGGACAGCUGCCAGGCACCCGUGGGAAUGGGAAAGAUGCUGAGAAACCUGUUUUGGGGAGGCAGGCUGGCAUCCCAUCCCGGGACGCUCCUGGGGACACACGGGGGCUGACAGGUCACUAAAGAGAAGGGACGCUGGUCCCUCCCUGGGCACGCACAGCCCUUCCAGUCUGCUCAACAGCGACGUGCGGGCACCGGAGUGAACCUGGGGAUGGAGCCGACGCCGGGCCCCCCGCAAGCCUGGCGAAGGCUCUCCUAGAUGUCCCUGUCACACUGCUGGCCUUAGGGGAGGCGGGCAGGGACACGGCACAGGGCACUUUCUGCCCAUCACCCCCCAAUAAAGCCCCUUCCCUUUCUCUA